AUGGCGGAAGGAGGAUCGGUGCGCAAGGUCAAGCGCACUGCCGAGCACCAGAUCAACAAGGACGAGGAUCCCGAGGGCGAUGGAGUGGGCCAAGAGGUGGAGGCGGGCACCUUUCAGCGAGCGCCUGCCGAAGUUCUCAAGACGAGGAAGAUCGUGAAGGUCAGAUCAAGAUCCCCGGCGGAACAACCUCCCGCCGCCGCCGCCUCCGCCAACCCGUUCGCGAGUCUCGGGUCUGCCUCCUCCGCCGGUGCCGCCGCUGCGAACCCUUUCCAGAACGUGGUUCUCUCGACCAAGCCUGCCGACACGGCACCAUCAGCGGAGACGGCAAUGCCAUCAGCCACGCCGGCGGCGGCGGCGACCAACGGCGGAAGCGGCAGCGCCUCGGCGGCGGCGGCGGCCGCGGCAGACGGAUGUGGUGCUAGCUCUUCCACCACCCCGGCUAGCGCGGAGACGCCUCCAUCUCCGAAACCCGCAGCAGCAGCAGCAGCAGCAGCAGCGACAGAGGAGCCGCAGUCUACGGCGGAAGCGAGUGCGGGAGGUGAUGGUGCCUCCAAGGACGAGGACACAGCGGAAGCCAAGACGGAGAGAAAAGAACCCGAGAACGGGACCAAGAAGGAAGGAGAAGGGGACGGGGACAAGCCAUCCCCUGGGGCGGCCGUAGACAACCCGAAGGCGGGAGAGGGAGCGGCGAAGGAGGAGAAGCCGGCGGCGGCGGGGGUGGUCUCGUUUGCGAGUCUCGGCGGAGGCGGCACGGCAACGCCGUUCAAGUCGUUGGGAACAGCAGGCACCUCCGUCAUCGGAGGCGGCGCGGCACCCUUGUCGUUCGGGGGAUUCGGCUCGACGACCGCCCCGUCUCCUCUCGGAGCAGGAGCAUCAGCAGGCUUGGGGCUGUCCGGGUCCGGAGCUAAGCUUAACGGGUCCACGGCGGCGGGGCCGGUGUUGUCGUUUGGGAGCUCCACGGGCAAGGCGGGAGCUUCGUUUUCCUCGUUUACUUCGUUCGCAUCGGCGCCGACGGCGGGUGGCGGCUGGGGAAUCCCGGCGAAGAAGGACAGCGGGGGCGGCGGCGGCGGCGGGAGCGGUGCCGGCACGGCGGACGGCGGCGGUGGUGGCGACGGCGGGAAGAAAGACGACGGAAAGGCUGCGUCGUGUGGGGGGAUGGUGGAUGCGCGGUGUCUGACGUAG